AUGUUUCAGGACUGGGCCAUAGUGAUGAAUUUCUCAUCUGAUAGUUCCAAUGAAAAUGGGAAUUUCCAAUCCGUCAAUGUUGAGGUGGAAGCCAAACAUAGAUUGAUUUUGGUUCAGUGGUUAACUAGCCUUCUUCCUUUAUUGAAAUUUCCACCAAAUGUCACGGACGGUGAAUUAAGAGCAUGUUUGAGUAAUGGUACAGUUUUGUGCCAGAUACUGAACAAGCUACGACCUGGUAUUGUGAAUGUGAUUAGUGAACCUGAUAAUUCUCUGCCAUCACAAUCAGAAAAUGUUAAAUCGUUUCUGAAAGCUUUGGACGCAGUGGGAUUGCCUCGGUUUGAAAUAUCAGACCUAGAAAAGGGGUCUAUGAAAGCUGUUGUGGAUUGUCUUUUAACACUCAGAGAAAAAAGUUUGCAGAAUGCUUUGGGAGAUUAUUUUUCUGUAAUUAAUUCCAUCACAGUGAGCCCUCGUGUGAUUUCACCAUUCCAUUCUCAUUGUUCUCCAGCAUUUGGUGGGGAGCAGAAGAAGACUCCAGUUGGGUCAAAGUUGCAACGUGUUUUAAGUUCCUCACUUAUUCCGGGUCCGGGUCUAAUGUUGCAGAAUGCACCAACUCAGUCUCUUCUGAGUGUUGUUAAUGAUAUUCUUGAAGAAUGUGUUGAAAGAAAAAAUGGGGAAAUGCCUCAUCGUGUGGCUUGCUUGUUGAGAAAGGUUUCACAAGAGAUUGAACGGCGCAUGUCAACUCAAGCAGAACAUUUACGAACUCAAAACAAUCUUUUCAAGGCUCGGGAAGAAAAAUACCAAUCGAGAAUAAGAUUACUCGAGGCACUUGCAUCCGAAACUAAAGAUGAGACUGAGUUGGGUUUUGGGCUCUUUUUCCCUUCAAUGCAGGGUGAGAAGAUCAAGGCAGAAAAGAGGGUAGAUGAGAAAGAAUAUGUUAGGUUGAUAAAAGAGCAGCAGGACAAAAAUAUGGAAAUUUCAGCUUUGAAGAUAGAACUGGAAACAGCCAAAAGAACAUAUGAAGUACUAUUCUCACAACUGGAAGAAGAAGCAAAAGGUGCUAACGCAGAAUGCACACAAAAGUCCCAAGAAUAUAAACACCAAUUGGAAGAAUUAAGAAAUAAGGUUGAAAAGUGUGAAGAAGAGGUAAAAUCAGCAGAUGAUGAGGAAAUUUUUAGAUUGGUGAAAGAACUAGAGGACAAAAAUUUAGAAAUUUCAGCAUUGAAGCAAGAGCGAGAAACAACUAAAAUAGCAUAUGAAGUGCAGUGCUCCCAGUUGCAAAAGGAUGCUAAAGCAGAAUUGGAACAAAAGUGUGAAGAAUAUGAGCGUCAAUUGGAAGAAUUAAGAAAUAAGGUUAAUGAGCUUGAGGUUUCUUCCGAUUCAAAAGAUCAGAAGUGGAACAUGAAAAUGAACCAAUUGCAGACUGUCAUAACAUUUCAAUUCAGUACCCUACAGAAAAUGAAAUUAUCUUUGGAAUCCACUAAACAAAGUUUAAUGAAAGAGCGAACGGUUUAUGCAGACGAGUGGGAUCAAUUAGGUGUAAAACUUAAACCACUGCUACAUGCAGCUGAUAACCACCACGCUCUUCUUGUAGAAAAUAAAAAAUUGUUCAAUGAGAUUCAAGAAUUAAAAGGAAAUAUCAGAGUAUAUUGUCGAAUUAAACCAUUUGCUUCAGGAAAAAUGGAAAAACAGUCUAUUGUUGAAUACAUUGGUGAAAAUGAUUUGGUUGUGACAAAUCCAUCCAAAGAAGGAAAAGAGGCUCUUCGAUCAUUUAAAUUUAAUAGGGUUUUCAGCUCUGCCGCAACUCAAGCGGAGGUAUACUCCGACAUUCAAGACUUGACUAGAUCAGUUCUAGAUGGGUAUAAUGUGUGUAUAUUUGCUUAUGGCCAAACUGGUUCAGGGAAAACUUAUACAAUGACUGGUCCAAAUGGGGCAACAAGCGAGACUAUUGGUGUUAAUUAUCGAGCUCUAAAUGACCUCUUCAGGAUUUCCUCAAGUAGAGAAAGCUUAACUGAGUAUGAGAUUGGGGUUCAAAUGGUUGAGAUAUAUAACGAGCAAGUCCGUGACUUGUUAAUAACAGAUGUCCCAGAUGCUAGCUUGUUCCCUGUGAAAUUACCUUCAGAUGUUAUUAAGCUAAUGGACAUUGGACUUAAAAAUAGAGCCAUUGGUGCAACUGCUAUGAAUGAAAGAAGUAGCCGUUCUCACAGUGUUGUCUCAAUACAUGUUUCCGGGAAGGACUUGAAGACUGGUUCUACUAUGUUUGGUAAUCUUCAUUUGGUAGAUUUGGCAGGAAGUGAAAGGGUAGAUCGUGCUGAAGUAACUGGGGAUAGGCUCAAGGAAGCACAGCAUAUAAACAAAUCACUAUCUGCCCUUGGAGAUGUUAUUUUUUCCCUUGCUCAGAAAAGCCCCCAUGUACCAUACAGAAACAGCAAGCUCACUCAACUUCUACAAACUUCUCUAGGUGGUCAAGCAAAGACACUCAUGUUUGUCCAAAUCAAUUCAGACGCAAGUUCAUAUUCUGAAACUAUGAGCACUUUAAAGUUUGCUGAGAGGGUUUCUGGAAUUGAAUUAGGAGCUGCACGAAGUAGCAAAGAGAGCAAAGAUGUCAGAGAACUUAUGGAACAGGUGUCUUCUUUGAAGAACACUAUUUUGGCGAAAGAUGAGGAGAUUGAGAGGCUUCAGCUCCUCAAAGGUCCGGCUGGUAGCAAUGUUAAGCGAAAUCUAAUUCCACGAACUAGAAGUAGUAUUCAUUUGGAACAUGCUAGUCAGCAUCCAAUUGACGAUCAUAUACACCAAAAUGAAUUUGUCCAUCACUCUGAAAAUUAUAUGGGAGAUAUAGGAAAGAAUGUUGUUGCAACAGCAGAAACUUUGGGACUUACAGAUUCUGAUUUUGAUAGAAGAUCAAGUGAUUUCUCUGAUAGUGGUGUUGCUCCAUGCACAGAAACUGAUGGUUUGGAAAAUUCCAGUCUCACUGAAGUCCCAAAAUCAUCAGAGAAGCGAUCAGGAAUUCGCAAAACUGUUCAAGCGAUGAGGAAAUUCACCCGAACGUCAGGAAACUCGACCUCCACCACCACCCCAGUAAAAGAGCCAGCGAAGGAUCCAGCGAAGAAGCCAGCGAAGAAGUCAUCAGGUAUUAGAAAAAGCAUCAGCAUAGGCAAUCUUAAGCCUCCUAAACUGUAG